CAACAGAAGGCUGCGGUCGAGCAGGGGAAGGUGGCAACUAGCCCGGCGUUAGGCGGCGGCGGCGAUUGAAUUGGAAUUUUGCAUUUCGGCUUGGAGCUCUCACUGUUUGCUGCCAUGACGAAACGCUCCCGUCUGGCAGAUGGCAUGAUACACGCGUGCCGAAUUCUGCCUGACAAAUUCUGCCGAUGCCCUCCCGGCCAAAAUCGGAAAAUCCCCUCUGGUGAAUUCAAACGAAAACGAAAGACAUGGCGACGCUGAAAGGGCUCAACUCGAAAUGGUUCUCGACCGUCGCCAGCAUAUGGAUUCAGUGCACAAGUGGCUCCCUCUACACUUUCUCCGUUUACUCCCAGGCCCUCAAGUCAACCCAGGGUUACGAUCAAUCCACCCUCGACACGAUCUCCGUCUUCAAAGACAUCGGCGCCAACUGCGGCAUCCUUUCCGGCAUCCUCUACUCCUCCGUCGUCGUCGCUUCCAAUCGGAAUAGCCCACUUGGUGCCGUUGCUGGUCCGUGGGUGGUUCUGUUGGCCGGCGCCCUGCAGAACUUCGCCGGAUACUUCCUCAUGUGGGCCGCCGUCGUCGGUGUGAUCCCUCCGCCGCCGGUGCCUGUGAUGUGUCUGUUCAUGAUCUUGGCCGCGCACGCUCAGAGCUUCUUCAACACCGCCAACGUUGUCACCUCCGUCAGGAAUUUCCGUCAGUACAGCGGCACUGCCGUCGGGAUAAUGAAGGGUUUUCUGGGUCUAAGUGGAGCAAUGUUGAUUCAAUUUUACCAAACCAUAUUUGAUAACAAGCCAGACUCGUUUCUACUGAUGCUAGCCCUUCUGCCCACUCUCAACACGCUGUUACUCAUGUGGUUUGUUAGAGUCCACACCAGACAAGAAGAAGAUGAGAAGAAGCGUCUUGAUGGAUUCUCAUUGAUUGCGUUGUUUAUUGCUGCAUAUCUCAUGAUCAUCAUAGUGCUAGAAAAUUUCUUCAGUUUCCAUUUGGUCUUGCGUGUGGUUGCUUUAGUCCUGCUCUUGGUGCUCCUAACUUCACCUCUGGUGGUUGCUAUUAGAGCUGAGGGAAGGGGAAACUCUGUUGUUGGUGCUGGAGCUGAUAGUUUUGUAGAUGAGUCCAGGUUACUUCCUGAGCAGGAGAAUGAUAAUGUAGAGAUCCAUGAAAAUGUUGCUCUGCCAGAGCUGAAUCUCUUGCAGGCGAUUAGUACGGUGGAUUUCUGGAUCUUGUUUCUUGCUAUGGCUUGUGGGAUGGGGUCAGGACUUGCGACGGUGAACAACAUGGGCCAGGUGGGACAGGCUCUUGGCUACCCGAGUCUGGAGACAAAUACCUUGGUUUCAUUGUGGAGCAUUUGGAAUUUUCUUGGCCGGUUCGGAGGUGGGUAUGUGUCUGAUUACUUCCUGCACAAGGGAGGGUGUGCGAGGCCAAUUUUCAUGGCGAUCACCCUUCUAGGCAUGAGCAUGGGUCAUGGCGUGAUUGCUUCUGGUUUUCGUGGUGCUUUAUAUGCCGGUUCGGUGCUGUUGGGAGUUUGUUAUGGUUCCCAGUGGUCGCUGAUGCCCUCGAUUGCAUCCGAGAUAUUUGGUGUGGAACAUAUGGGCACAAUCUUCAACACAAUCACCAUAGCUUGUCCGGUUGGGACUUAUAUAUUCUCAGUAAGAGUGAUAGGGUUUAUAUACGAUAAGGAAGCAUCAGGGAAAGGGAACUUAUGCACUGGAACUCAUUGCUUCAUGAUGUCCUUUGUGAUCAUGUCAUGCGCCACUUUUCUGGGGUCUCUUGCUGCUUUAGGAUUGUUCUUGCGAACAAGAAUGUUUUAUAGUCAGGUCAUACUCAGGCGACUCCGAGCAUCAUUCAGAAAAUAAAACAAUAUGUUCGACUCUCGGAUCAGCAUGUCUCUUCUUGUUGGUUGAGCAAAGUUCAGUUUCCCUGCUGCGGCAUAGAGUUGAUGGCCUAGAUGGGUGAUAGGUCCUGGUCAUCCAUGCUGAAGCUCAAUGGUUUGCUGAGUUGUAAUAUGGCUCACAACUUUCAUGAGGCAGGGUAUGCUUUCCUCUGCACCCUCUUCAAUGCGGGAGUCGAAGCCUUGCUGAGUCAUCUCUUUCACCUUGGACAAGGACUGCAGUGUGGAAUUUGGCUCAUGUUAUUCUGGGUCAUAUAUGGCUGUGCAAUCUCUAUAGAGAAAAAAGUUGCCACGAAUUUCACAAACUGCAGAAGGCUGUUACUGGCCUUUAGUUUGGAUAUUGUCACUAGUCACUGCUCUUAGUUUUGUUUGUUGUUUCAGUGGAAUUGGUACUGUAUAAGUGUUUUUGCUCUCAUGCUGGUUAUCAAGGGUGGAGGCUGUAAAUCGGUUUCAGGGCGACUGAUUGCAUGUACAAAUUUCUUCUUGUGGCGGAGCCAGGAUUUAAGUUUGGGGGUGGGGGGCGGGCGGAAAUUUGUUAGUUUAUUAUCGAAAAAUGCUGAAUCAUAUGAACAAGUGAUUAAGUAUAUGAAUAAAAGAUCAAUUUCGAC